AUGACCCCAAAGCCAGCAUCCCUCAAUCUCGAAGCUCUUGGCAGUCCUCACCAGGACAGGCGCCAGGCCUAUCUCAGCGUUGUUGAUCAGCUCCGAGAACUAGGCGUCGGUGAGGAUUUGUCGCUACCUCAGUCUAGCGGGAAGUCAUCACUGCUCGAAGGCCUGACCGGACUGCCUUUUCCCGUCGCCAGUGAUCUGUGCACCAGGCAUGCGACGCAAAUCGUGCUCCGCAGGACAGCGGCUUCCGAGGCUGCCCUGCACGUUUCCAUAAUCCCCGGGCCUAGCAACAUCAACAAUGCCGAUGAAAGUGCAAGGUUGGGCAAGUUCGCACGUUCCAUCAAAGAUGGCGCGUUUGGCGAAGCAGAGUUUGCUCGCAUUCUCGAUGAGGCAUCUGAGGUCAUGGGUCUUCCGCGAGCAGGAGCCGCUGACCUGGAAAAUCUGGAGAGGCGCUUUUCCGACAACGUUUUAAAGGUAGAGCUGGCAGGACCAGAGCAUCAUCACCUAAGUGUCGUGGAUGUUCCCGGCCUCUUUCACAAUACCACCCGUUAUCAAAAAGACGAGGACCGUAAAAUCAUUCACAAACUUAUAACGGGCUAUAUUUCAGAUCCACGAACUGUCAUAUUGGCGGUCAUGGAUGGGAGUAACAAUCUGGCAAUGCAAGAGGUUUUUGAAAGGGCCCGUGGGGUUGAUCCACGCGGCUACAGAACCGUAGGUAUCAUCACCAAGUGUGACCUUGUGCAACGUGGUGAUGAAGUCGGGGUUAUCCGCCUCGCGCAAAAUACCGUCGAGAAGCUGCAGCACGGAUGGUUUGCCGUCCGAAACAGAUCUCCUGCAGAAAUCAAGUCAGGCGUAUCUUUGAAAGAACAUCACGCAAAAGAGCGGGAAUUCUUCACGGCCAGCCCAUGGAGCGAGCUUCACAAAGAUAGGGUGGGUAUCCCGGCCCUGGGGACAUUCCUUGCGCAACUUCUGUACGAACACAUCCGCCGCGAAUUCCCUGCCGUGGUGGUCGAAAUCGACAACCGAUGUAGGCGGCUACGGGCCGACAUCGAAGACUUAGGCCCACCUCGGCAGUCAACCAUGGAACGGCGCCAAUAUUUGAAUGGAAUCGCUAGCAGGUAUCAAAAGAAGGUCUCGGAUUCUCUCAAAGGCAUCUAUGAUGCCGUCCUGUUGCCCGAUCACCCAUUGAAAUUGAGGAUGCAUGUGCGAAAUUUGAGCGAUGGUUUUGAGAAAGAGAUGUCGAAGCAAGGCCAUACCAGAGCAUUCAGAAAUACUAACGACAAGGAAGACCCAAUGUACCAAUCUGAGAACUCAGAGGCUUCCACCAUCUACGAGUGGAUCCGGACAUCUUAUCUCGAGUCGCGCGGCUGUGAGCUGCCGGGCUGCGUCAACCCGGCUCUGAUUGAGAACCUCUUUCGCCAACAAACAUCCAAGUGGCAGGAACUGGCAAAGAAGCAUCUGGAGAGUGUGAGGUCGACUAUCGAUUCUUUCCUCACCGCUGUUCUUCGCCUGUUGAUCGUUGAUCCGACAAUUCAAGACCGUUUACAGGCUCGGCUGACGCCCGUGUUUGAUGAAUCUGUCACCCAAGCCUACCGCACCCUUGAAAAUGUUCUGGGUGACGAGAGAGGAGGGAUCUUGCAAACCGUCAACCACUACUACGCGGACAACCUGGCUGCAGCACGGAAGGAGCGCGUCAUCUUGCGAUUGGAGAGGCUCGGGAUCGCAGAUGGCGCUUUCGUCCAGGCAGAUCUUACGGCUCUGGCCAACGCCGCACACCUGGGCAACGAAGACCAAGCGGUCUAUGACAUCCACGACAUCCUCAAGGCAUACUACAAAGUAGCCAUCAAAAGGUUCAUGGACAAUGUCGUCAUGGCGGUGGUAGAGAGGUGGUGGCUGGCCCUUGGCGGCUUCGUGGGCAUGUUUGACGGCGAAUUUGUCGGCAAUCUCUCGGAUGAGGAUCUCGCAUCCAUUGCUGCCGAGAACCAUAGCACCACCCAUGCGCGGGCCGACUUGAAGGAGAAGCUCCGCCGCUUUGAAGAAGCUCAUCGCAUUGCAAGAUCAAUUUGA